UUCCACUUCACCCUUUUCCGGUCGUCUUCCUCGUCUCGCUCCCCUGCCAGAUCUCCCCUCCCCUUCGCCUCCCAUGCCUCCGCCCCCAUCUCCUCCUCUCUAAGCUCUCGCGUCGCCUCCAAAAUGGAAGCCGCGGCGCCGGCUUCCCACGCCGCCGCGGCGCGCGGCCGCCUCCGGUCGCGCCAGUACGCGGUGUUGGGGCUCACCUUCGCGGCGUACGCCUCGUUCCACGCGUCCCGCAAGCCGCCCAGCAUCGUCAAGGCGGUGCUCUCCGCCGACUGGGCGCCCUUCUCGGGCCCCCGCGGCCCGCACCGCCUCGGCGAGCUGGACGUCGCCUUCCUCUCCGCCUACGCCGCCGCCAUGUUCGCCGCGGGCCACCUCGCCGACCGCGCCGACCUCCGCGGCCUCCUCGCCGCCGCCAUGCUCGCCUCCGGGGCCACGUCGGCGGCGCUCGGCGCGGCAUACUUCCUCGGCGUGCAUAGCCUCGCCUUCUUCCUCGCCGCGCAGGUCGCCAGCGGCGUCGUCCAGUCCGCCGGGUGGCCCUGCGUCGUCGCCGUCGUCGGGAACUGGUUCGGCCACGCGUCCAGCCGCGGGACCAUCAUGGGGGUGUGGAACUCGCACACCUCCGUCGGCAACAUCGCCGGCUCGGUCCUCUCCGCCGCCGUGCUCGAGUUCGGGUGGGGGUGGUCGUUCUUGGUGCCCGCGUUUGUCAUUGCCGCGCUCGGCGUCGUGGUGCUAGUGUUCUUGAUCGCUCACCCAAUGGAUGCCGGGUUGGACAUUGAAGCAAUUGAGGUUGAGAUGAAUGGGGGGAGUGGAGAGGAGGUGGAGCUUCUUGGGGAGGACAAGAAGGAGGAUGAAGAUGUGUUGGAGGUGGAGGCGGUAGCAGAAUUGCCGAGGGCAAUUGGGUUCUUGGAGGCAUGGAGAUUGCCCGGUGUUGCGCCAUUUGCAUUCUGCCUCUUCUUCUCCAAGCUUGUGGCUUAUACCUUCCUUUACUGGUUGCCGUUCUAUAUCCGGCACAAUGCUGUGGCAGGUCAGUUCUUAUCACACAAGGCUUCAGGAAUUUUGUCUGUUGUUUUCGAUAUUGGAGGAGUUUUGGGAGGCAUUUCGGCUGGUUUGCUCUCAGACAAAAUAGGUGCUCGUGCUGUAACAUCAGCUCUGUUCCUUUUUCUUUCAAUCCCCGCGCUUAUCCUUUACCGGACAUAUGGAAGCAUAUCCAUGCACCACAACAUUGGGCUCAUGUUCCUCGCCGGCUACUUUGUGAAUGGCCCAUACUCACUCAUCACCACAGCUGUUGCUACUGAUCUUGGUACUCAGGAUGCAAUCAAGGGAAACUCGAGAGCUUUGGCUACAGUGUCUGCGAUAAUCGAUGGCACGGGUUCUGUUGGGGCGGCUUUGGGACCCUUGUUAACUGGGUAUAUUUCAACAAGAGGAUGGAACAGCGUAUUUUUCAUGCUGAUUGUUUCCAUAUCACUUGCCCUGGUGUUUUUGAUACGGCUGGCAAAAGAUGAGAUUGUUAGCAAGAUCAGUGCGAGGCAUUAGUCUUUGUAUUUUUCUGAUUUUUGAGGACUGUAGAUGGUUAGGAAGAGUUGUAGAUGAUAGAAAUACGCCAUUUCUUUGAGGACUGUCAAUCUUUAAUCCUGGAGACCUGGAUUAUACAUCGUCGGUUAUAUGCUUGGCAAGCAAACAUUUGAUGGAAUCAUUUUUGUACAAAAUUUCCCCAAUAUUUUUUGGGCGGGCCAACAAUUGUCCAAUAUCACGGCACACAAUCAAAAUGUUCUACAGGUUCUUGAUGAA